UCUACCUGGGAAUUUAGCCUUAGCUUCAUGGAAUUGACUCCAUGCUCUCCAACUGUUUGAGAAAUCGACCCUGCGAAACUCCAACCCUGUAAAAAUGAUUCCAAAGCCACUGCGCACCGUGUGCACAGUUGCUGCCGUACUCGUCAGCGGAUUUUUCACACUGAAUUUGGCUUCCACUGCCACUAUUGGAGCGCUUCGGUUGGCCACCGAAUCCAAAAGGAGAAAGAUUGCGAUGCCUUGUGGGGUUUGUAGAGGGAAAGGGUUUUACAUAUGCAAGCUAUGCAAAGGGAAUAAUACCAUUGAAUGGUCGCCUCUGUAUGACCCAAUUGCCAUCAACCCCUGUCUUUGCCCAACCUGCGAUGGAAAUGGGGUACAACGCUGUCUUAACUGUGUAGGGAAGGGAUACAAUUGAGUUGUGAAAGAGGCAGAAUGUGUAUGCUUAAUUCUGUAGUUUUUGAUAUCAUAAUCAUGUAAUAUGUCUCGUAUAAUCCAUCCACUAAACCUUAUAGUUGUAUAAAUUA